AUGCCCCUCAUCAAUCAACCAUCCAACCAAAUAAAACUAACAAACGUCUCCCUCGUCCGCUACAAAAAAGCCAAAAAGCGUUUCGAAAUCGCCUGCUACAAGAACAAAGUGCUAGAAUGGCGAUCCGGGAACGAAAAAGACAUCGACAACGUUCUCCAAAUCCCCAAUAUCUUCCUGAACGUCUCACGAGGCCAAACAGCACCAACCGCCGAUCUCGCCAAGGCAUUUGGAAAAGACACUCCAGUGCAAGCCAUCAUCCUCGAAAUCCUAUCCAAAGGGGAACUCCAGGUUGGAGAAAAAGAACGCCAUGCACAGUCCGAACGCGUGCAUAAUGAAGUUAUAAGUAUCGUGGCUAGCAAAUUGGUAGAUCCCAAAUCUAAGCGCGUAUACACGACGGGCAUGAUUGAAAAGGCGUUGGAGAUGCUUAGUUCGCAGGGUUCGCAGGCGCAGGAUAAAGAUAAGAAUGCGGGGAGCGAGAGCGCGACGCCCACGACGGGAGAAGAGGGUGAGGCGAAACCUAUACCUAUAGCGAGAGCGAGGGAACAUGCGUGGACGGGAGUAGUAGCGACAAAGAGCGCAAAGAGUCAGGCGUUGGAGGCUAUGAAGGCACUAAUAGCACACCAACCGAUUCCAGUCGCAAGAGCAAGGAUGAAGUUGCGUGUCACGCUACCGACGAAGAUAUUGAAACAGGUAGUUAAGACUCCAGGCCCAAAACCCGCGGGUGAUGGGGAGGGAGAGGGAGAGGGAGAGGGAGAGGAGAAGGAGAAGGAGAAGGCGAAAGGCACAGUGAAAGAUAGGGUCCUGGGAUACGUAGAGCAGGUAGAGAGUCAAGAUAUAAUGGGAUCGGAGUGGGAGGUAGUGGGAUUCGUGGAACCCGGUGCGUUCAAGGGGCUGGGGGAUUUUAUAAGUACGGAGACGAAGGGUCAGGGAAGGAUCGAGGUGUUGGAUAUGGCUAUUACACAUGAGGAUUGA